AUGGGUGAGGCAUCCUAUGUGAUAGGGAUAGAAAUAUUCCGUGAUAGAUCACAAGGACUAUUGGGACUGUCUCAGAAAGGCUAUAUCGAAAGAGUUCUUGAGAGAUUUAACAUGAACAAUUGUUCAUCAGGAAUUGUUCCAAUUCAAAAAGGAGACAAAUUUAGUCUCUUUUGUGGUCGGAAUGCUUUGGGAAGAUAUCGGAGUAACUCGAGAAUUGAUCAUUGGAAAGCUGCAAAGAAAGUUUUGAGGUACCUGAAAGGAACAAAGGAUUACAUGCUCACGUAUAGGAGAUCCAACAGUUUGGAAGUUAUUGGAUACUCAGAUUCAGAUCAUGGUGGAUGUGUUGACACUAGAAAGUCCACUUUUGGUUACUUGUUCUUGUUACCUGAAGGAGCAAUAUCGUGGAAGAGUGCUAAGAAAUCCGUCAUUGCUACAUCCACAAUGGAAGCGAAAUUUGUGGCGAGUUUUGAAGCCACGAUUCAUGCAUUAUAG